AUGGUUCUUGAGAUGGUGGGAGCGAAAGAAGUUAAAGAAGAUGACCAAACUAGCGAGGUGUACUUUCCCGAUUGUAUUUACGAAAGAGUCGUGAAGGGAAAGGAUUUAAAACUUCCAAACGCGACUACUGAGGAGGAAAAGGAGAUGGGGGAAAAGAUGAUAUUGGUUGGGUUGUGGUGCAUUCAAAUAAAUCCAUUGCAAAGACCUUCAAUGGGGGAAGUGGUGAAAAUGUUGGAAGGAAGUGUUGAAGCCAUGGAAAUUCCACCAAAACCAUUCCAAUUUUCACCUUCCAAGUCCAUGAUUAAUGAUUCUUCAGUCUCAUCAUCUUCAUUGUCUCAGAUUCAUUAA